CCAGGGCCUGGUGCAGCUGCCAGGGCUGGGGCGUCCGAUCCCUGGCCGCAAAGAGCGAACGGCGGGCGACGCAGCGCGGAGGAGUUCUUUGAAGAAAAAUGUGAUUUUUGAAUCAACUGCAGACUGUUCUCUACAUAAAGAACUCUUAAGGCUACAACUAGCAGGAUAGAAGCAAAUUAAACUGAAAGUUCAUCUGCAGCUCAGAAAAACAAAGACAUGGAGUUUUGAGGAGUGAAGGUAGCAUGGUGUUGGCCAUGGGUGAUCAAGACGCUGCCAGACAAUGUGGACCAGUUUCUUCAAACUACGGCUUUUCUGCUGUUUGCUUGCAGUGUUGAUGGUGGUGGUGCUGGUCAUCAAUGUUACUCAGGUAGAGUACUUGGACCAUGAGACUGUUUCAGCCACAUUCAUCGACAGCAGUGGACAGUUUGUUUCCUCCCAGGUGGCAAGAAUUAGCCAGAAUCCCUACUGUGGUUAUGAGCACCAGACCCUGUCCAGCUGGGAGCGCUUGGAGGAGGACUCCUUGCUGGCUGCUUUGCAGUGGCAGGUGCCUGAUGUGGGCCCAGUCCCUUUUGUGAAGAGCACUGACCCUUCUUCCAGCUACUUUGUCAUCUUGAACUCUGCAGGCUUCUUCAAGGUGGGAAGCCAGCUGGAGGUGCUGGUUCAUGUACAGGAUUUUCAAAAAAAGCCUAAGAAGUAUGGUGGAGACUACCUGCAGGCCAGAAUCCACACCCCCAAACUGCAGGCAGGGGCUGUGGGCAGAGUGGUAGACUACAAGAAUGGGUUUUACAAGGUUUUUUUUACAUUGCUCUGGCCAGGUAAAGUUAAGGUGUCUGUAUCUUUGGUCCAUCCCAGCGAAGGGAUUAGAAUUCUCCAGCACUUGCAGGAAGAGAAACCAGAUAGGGUCUAUUUCAAGAGUCUCUUCCGUUCAGGAAGAAUUUCUGAAACUACUGAGUGCAAUGUGUGUCUUCCUGGGAGUCUGCCUCUUUGUAACUUUACAGAUCUUUAUACUGGAGAGCCCUGGUUCUGCUUCAAACCAACGAAGCUCCCUUGCAGCAGCAGAAUUAACCAUUUCAAAGGUGGAUACCUGAAGGGCCUCCUAACUGCUGCAGAGAGUGCUUUCUUCCAGAGUGGUAUCAAUAUCAAAGUGCCAAUCAAUGCCAGUGGACCUGAUUGGGUGACUGUGAUUCCUGGGAGAAUAAAAGAAACUAACAACCUAGAACUAUAUCAGGUAUCGGGAACUUUUCCUUCUGGGUAUUAUUACAAAGACCAGUGGAGGCCCAGAAAAUUUAAGAUGCACCAGUUUAAUGAUCCUGACAACAUUACAGAAUGCUUACAAAGAAAAGUAGUGUAUUUAUUUGGUGACUCGACAAUCAGGCAAUGGUUUGAAUACCUCACUACAUUUGUUCCAGAUUUAGUGGAGUUUAACUUGGGUAGUCCCAAGAAUGUGGGUCCCUUCCUUGCAGUGGACCAGAAGCACAACAUCCUGCUCAAAUACCGCUGCCAUGGUCCACCCAUCCGCUUCACGACCGUAUUUAGUAGUGAGCUCCAUUAUGUGGCAAAUGAGCUGAAUGGAAUCGUGGGAGGGAAGAACACAGUGGUUGCCAUAGCCAUAUGGUCUCACUUCAGCACCUUCCCCUUGGAAGUAUAUAUCCGACGGCUCAGGAACAUCCGUCGAGCAGUAGUCCAGCUCCUGGAUCGAAGCCCUAAGACGGUGGUGGUCAUCCGGACAGCCAAUGCCCAAGAGUUGGGGCCUGAGGUGAGCCUUUUCAACAGUGACUGGUACAACUUUCAACUAGACACCAUCCUUCGGAGGAUGUUCUCAGGGGUUGGAGUAUAUCUUGUCGAUGCCUGGGAGAUGACCUUGGCCCAUUAUCUACCCCACAAACUGCAUCCAGAUGAAGUUAUUGUGAAGAACCAAGUGGACAUGUUCUUGUCCUUUGUGUGCCCCUUGGAGGCCUAGUCUGCACUGAAGGGGACUGGAGGAAUCACAUUCAGCAACCUUUCCAUUUGACCUGCAUUACAGAAAGUUUAUGGGUGACCUCAUUGAGAGAUGGCUGCCAUUAAUAUGUACAAAAUUUCAAAAAAAGCUGGACUUCAUAUACUGACUUGUAAGGAGCUUAGAAAACACAGGUUACAUUUAUUAUCCACCAAUAGGAUUUUUUCCAGUCUUGACUAAAUUGUGGUAGAACCCUUAUUAAUAGCAUCUAUACACACUGUAUUGCCCUUGUAACCAAAGCUGCUAAUGAGCAUAUUUGAACUAGAUUGUCCUGGUAGGGGAGAUUACUAUGCUGAAGAGUAUGAAAUGGAUUACUCUGAUGUAAAUGCAUUACUCUGAUGUAGAUGGAAUGGACAAGUUUGAUUGACAAUGGAGCUUUUUUAGCUUAUCUGGUGAAGGAAAUUGGACACAUCUGCAUGAAUAGCAGAAGUGGUCCAUCUUUGGGAUGAACUAAAGAGGGCUUAUAGUCAGGGGCUCUUGUGAAUACACUGAAGACUGCCAAGUCUCAGGAGUUUCUCUUGAUGAUCUACCUUUUCUGAAUUACUUGAAAAGGCCAAUGUUCUUGGUCAAAAUUUUAUAGGAAAAUUUUAUCUAGAAAAGAAGCAAAAGGGAAAUACGAAAGUAUGUAUAAAAUCUGUGCUUUGAAUUGAU